CCAGACAAGUACGGUCACUCUGCGAAAUUGCAAGGGAAUUUUCUCCAAUAAAAGGCAAGAAAACUGAGGAAAAUUGAAAUUAAAGAAAAAUUAAUGGCACACAAGCGCCUGUUCGUCUACGCGGUGCUACUGGUGAUAUGUUAUUUGGUUGGCGUGACAUGGGCUGAGACUGCGGCGCAGACAUUCCCAGCGAUCGGCACCAACAGCAACAACAACAGCAAUGCUCAACCUGCUCCUGUGCCUGCACCUGCAGCUCCAGCGGCUGCAGCUCCACUAGCCAAGCAAGUUUCAGCUCCCACUGCCGCCCCUCCGGCCAAGGUCAUCGGCCAGCCUGUGCUCGCUGCUCCAGGCAAAAAUUCUUCCAAUUCCAGCAGCACAACUGAGUGCGUCUGUGCCGGUGCCCUGCUGCCCCGUUUGGAUGCCAAUGGCAAGGAGCUGCCCAUAUGCGCCGAGUGCAAGUGCUCCCAUGUGGCGAGAAAUACGACGCUGAUAAAGGUCGUGGUCAUUAUUGUGAUUUGGAUCAUCUCCAUUUUAGUAAUAUACAUGCUCUUCCUGAUGUGCCUGGACCCGUUGCUGAACAAGCGAGUGAAGGCGAACUACCAGGAGCACACCAACGAAGAUGUACAUAACAAGCUUUCUAGAUACAAGGGCAUUCAGUAUAGCCUCCUAGUUACAGCCCAAGGCGAAGAUGAUGAAGAUGACGAUGUUGAUGCCGAAGCGGCUCAACUAGUUGGCAAUAAAGAAGCACCACUCUUUUGAAUAGAUUUUAAUUUCCACAACCACCUUUGUUUCAUUUUGCGUUAUAGAUUUUGUUGACUUUCUAACCCACACCGUCACUUCAUUAAGACAGUAACUAACACGGCCAGAUCUUGGAUCACCUCGACUAAUUCCACAUUUUUCCACCCUUUUCUAACCAGGAUGAACCAACGCCGCCCCUGCCAGCCGUCAACAACCAGGAGCUCAGUGCCAGAGCCAAUGUCCUCAAUCGUGUGGGCCACCAGCAGGACAAGUGGAAGCGGCAGGUGCGCGAGCAGAGACGCCACAUCUACGACAGGCAUACCAUGCUAAACUAACAAGGGGUUCGGUUUGCAGCUGGCGGAGAUUAGGAGGCGCAUGGGCGACUUAAGACACGUAUUCCAAGCAGUUAUCCUUUGCGAAAUUCCCCUUUGGAUCAAAUUGAUUAUCUGUAUAUUUAGCCAGAUUUUAUGUUAAUUAAAAUAAACCAAAAUAUGUUUGUCAGG